CUUAGACUUUGCUUUAAUCUUGGAGUCUUUUUUACACUAUGUGAGUAAAACUGAUUGAUCAGAGCACUUUUUGCUUUUAAAAAUAAUACCGGGUUGUUAUUUGUAGUGGUUUAAAGAAGCAUUUAAUAUAUAACUUUAUUGAUUUACACCAUGGGGAAACUCUCCUCCUGUUCUACCUCCUGUGAAAUCCAGCUACCAAACAGCACCAAUGCAGCUGACAGGGAUCAGGAUGACUUGUUGAACAUGACUUGAAGAUGAGCUGCCCUCAACCUGAGUUGGAGGAGGACUGUCCUCCACCAGAGGAAUUAGAGUGUAAGAUUUGUUACCAACGCUACAAUACCCAUAAUCGCAAGCCCAAGAUUCUGGACUGCCUGCACCGGGUCUGCGCCCGCUGCCUCAUUAAGAUCCUGGACAUUGCUGAUGGGGCAGCCUGCAUUUCCUGCCCUUUUUGCAGACACCAAACUGAGAUAACAGAAUUUAAGGUGUCAGCCCUCCCUGACGAUGCCAACAUCAUGUCCCACUUGGCAAUGCGUGACAAAUCCUGGAACUCCAACCACAAGAGGGAGGUAGUCCUGACUCCAAAGAGUUUCUCCUCAUCUAGCCCGUCUCAUGAAUCAUCCAACUGUCUGGUCAUCACCAUUAUGGAAGUGCAGAGGGACUCACAGCACUCUCCAACUCGCAACGGUAGCUCUGACAUUUAUGCUGAGCAGAGCCUGGACUCAGAAUCCAUGGGCUCGAAUGGACCAGUUGAUCAGGACGCCCUGUCCAAAGUCUGUAAUCAUGUUCCACGCAUCUUGGUCUGGCUGCUGGGAUUCUUAUACUUUGGCUCACUGCCUCUUGGAAUUUACCUAUUAGUAAUCCAGAGAGUGACUCUAGGUAUUGUAUGCGUUAGCUUGGUACCAUCAAGCUUGACAGUUUGCCUGGUCUAUGGAUUCUGCCAGUGUCUUUGUCAAGGUAUAUGUGACUGUUCCUCCAGGGGCUGAUAUGACACCUCUAUACUGAUGGGAUGAAGUCAGCUUCUGAAAACAGGUUCUUUGUCUGUUGUAGAUGUAGUGGUAAAAGAAUAGGAGGCCCAAGCGUAAAGGUGAUGCCUGUAGCAGGAAACUGCCUGACUACUUGCCAGUUAUUCGCAUGCACAUGAUGUGCUGGUCAGUAGACCGAAGCAGACACUUUUCAGUAAUGGUCUAUCCUUUAAGGAUGAUGUAUGGAACUCCAGUUUGAGGAGCUCUGUUUGUGAGAGAAGCGCCUAUAUCUACAUUUCUGGGACUCUAUUUGUUCUGUGUUGUGUGUAUGACCUAGUCUGGCAUCAGAUUUGAGAUAAGACUUUCGAUGUUUGAUUUAAAAAAUAACUACACUGAUAAAGUCAUGGACCCUCAUUUAUCAAUUGUUAUUAACCUCCUAUGGUAUCAUCCUCAUGGACAGUAUCAUCCUCAUGGACAGUGGGUUUGAUGAAUUUGUAUAUUUAACUAAGAUGACUUUACAUCUUUAUUCAGCUCUAAACAACGAAUAGCCCAACAGAUGAAGGACUAAUUCACUAGGUGGCAUGGGUAUUUACAUCAUGGACCACAUGAGCAAACCAUAAGGACAAACCACAGUAGUCAAAUAGUUUGAUUUAAAGGUAAGGUCAUUCCCUUGGUUUUCCCUGGAUAUUUGUCAGUUGACAUUAUUUUAGAUUUUCAUUUUUAAUUUUCAUUAUUUUGUCAAAUGAAACAAUUAUUUUUAUAUGGUGUGUUUAUGGUAGUAUUACAUGUUACCAAAUAUUUCACUCAAUAUAUUCUUUAUUUAUUAUAGAAUAUGAACUUUACUUGUUACAACUCUAGGUAAAUCAGAGUCGAAAGGCUGAUAGUCGUUAUGCUAAGAACACCUGAAAUAACUUAAUUUUUUAUGAAAGAUGUGUUGUAAGUUAAGAGUCUGUUGAACCCAGUGGUAUCCCGUGAGUCUGUUGCAAUGUCUUUAUACACUAUAGCUGACACACUGUGUGAAACAUAACAUGGAAUACUGCGAUUCACAGGUCAUCAAUCAACCAAAGUUGCAAUGAAUGUGGACUAGUCAAAUGCUCUGUAUUAUGGAACAGUGCAAGGGAUGUUCCCAGACAAAGAGUGUCCAUGUGGCUUUAUUUUCUCAUUGCAAAAAACCCACUUCCAAAGGAGGUAGAGAGAGGAUAAUGGCAAAGCACAUUUCAACAUACAGUACCAAAGAGUACCAAAUGGACUGUGAUUUGGCCAUAUUACUUUGUUACCUGUUUUAAUGUCACAGAAGUUACUUUGAGUAUGCAGUAUGUCUGAUGAGGUUGUUACUUUUGCUUAUUUAAUGUUCCUGUCUCCUCCUCCUUUUUCUUUCUCAAAUACAAACGUGCCAUUGGC